AUGGGAUUUCUCAGCAUUAUCACGGCAAUUACUCCGGGAGACUCUCGGCCCCGCGUUGCAUCCCCACGACGUGAAGAUAACAGUAGAGAAAGGAGCCAACGUGCUCCUCCUUUUAGUCCCCCCCGCUAUGAAGCUCCUCCUCCUCCUUCUUACGAAUCCAUUUCAACUGCAUCUACGAGACCUAAGGGUGUUGUAUCAAAGUCUGAUAGUCAUCGUGCCACAGCGAGACCGACUGGAAGUUUAGUUGCGCCUAACAGGCCAUCUAGCAGACCGCAAUCUUCUCGUUCACCACAAAGAGAGAAGCCUGAUUCUUCGUAUACACUAAAAGACGACCGCCGAUUUUCUCAGGCAUCAGCCGAGGAGGCCCAUCGUUAUCCUCGUACUUCAGAGGAAAGUCGCCGGUCCUCUAGAAGUGAAUCUGAUCUUUCCCAGAAAAUGAACCAGGACAGGCGACGCUCUACCACGGGAAUCAGAACUGAAGCUUCACAUAUCCCGAGAAGCUCUGAGCAAGAUCGGGCCACUACUGGUUUUGCAACAUACGAUCAGUGGUGCACUCGCUCCGGAUAA